CUCAGAAUCCUAGAUGGAUGGAGCGAAUAAGAAUCUGUGAAUCUGUGCAAGCAGAAUGUCAGCUAACACCCUUUGCGGGGUUUACCCCGCAGUCUCCAGGUUCUGGACCGCUGAUACAGAACUGGAAUCCGUUAUCUUUACCAUAGUAGCUGAGAUACGGGGUUGCUGGCUUCGUCGUGUGCCAGUUCACCUUUGGUCACCAUACCGAGAAUCCCCCGAGAUAGGAUAACACGCUUGGAGGUGACACCUCCAGAGACCCCAAUCCAUCGGCUCUACUUGCGCUUCAGCCCAACGUUGGUCAUAUACCUCCUGAUACGCCAUGGUGCGAUCGAAGACGCCGUCAGCUCGGAAUUCCUCACAUCAACAACCUGCUCAAGGGAGAGCUGCACCUCGAUCUCGACUGGGAUGUGCUACUUGUAAGAGACGACACGUGAGAUGCGAUGAGGCAUAUCCAUCAUGUGAGCCUUGCCAUCGGUUACAGCUCCAUUGCUACUAUCCCCAUCGCUCGCAACGAGCCCCCGGACCAGCGAAGCAACGGAUACUACUUCCCUCCCCAAGCAUAUCGGGGGCUUCGUUAGAAGAGAACGAUCAUGCAGCUCAGUUUGACUCAUUUUCGUGGUCCAAUAGUAGAAUGGCCACCGACAUCGACGCCCUUUGCAGCAGUUGGGCAGGGGAGCUCGAGGCUUUUGGUAGCCCGAAGUCUUUGUUGUCGAGCAUUAGCCGCCCAGAUGGUAACUCUGAUGUGAUAACUGGUACUGGGGUGCCGAUGAUAUCUGAGCUUUCGGACCCAGGAGCUUUCAAUAAUGCAGCACCUCUCUGGAGGGCGGCUCUUCCCAAUCCGGAUGUUUCAAGUACAAUCUCGACACAAACAGACGAACACUUCCAUCUCGACAGCUUGUUACUCACUUCUGGGCGGUCAGAGCAUAAACACUCCUUAAAUGUCUUUGGCAAGAUUAUGCAACCACCUGCGGCCAUGUUGAUGGGGGGCAUCAAGAAGUGGCAACACCUGCAGCAGUACCUGGUGAAUUUGGCGUCGCACAAUGAUGCCGUGAUGAGUGCAUUGUUAGGUCUUGAUAAGCUCCUUGAGUGGGAUAGUAUUAGUGACUCGAUAACUCUAAGACGUCAUCUUCAAGACCACAUACAGAAUUCAUUCAACACAACAACCUGCAUGAUUCAACAAGAUGUUUCUCUAAUUCAGUGCGGUAGUAGCUCCAAGAUGGACGAUUGGCUAGCUGCUAUAUUCCUCUUGGCGUGGAUUCAGGUUCUCCGCGAUCGUGUCGAGCACGACAGUGAGUCUCUAUUUCCAACUGAACUUGCCGACAUCAUCAUUACAUGCUCUUACGACUGGAAUUGGUAUUCGAGACAACUUCUCUCAUGGUUCAACUCCCUCGACAGCAAAGCCUCUCAUCUGAGCGGACCAACUCUCUUGUCAUCCAAAGCCCUCCAAGUCGUUUCUCAGUAUCCCAUUCAGAUUAUUAGCUGCGACUACGAAGAGUAUAAAUACAGAAGAGGAUCGCUUGGCGAUGACAAAGACUUCCAAUUACUGUCUCAGAGUCCGCUGUCGGGAGUUUCUGAACAUGGGGAUAGUGGCAUCGUCGUCCCUGCGAGGAGUUCGUGUGAUGUGAAAGAGAUCGUACUCCGAGCAAUUUUGCAGCCAGCUGCCGAAUGGUACUUGAAGACGCAAGCAUAUUGUCGUCAGAUCAGCGCCCUUGAUAAACAUCACUGCAAGCGGUUUACCCCAGAUGCCGAGAUGAAGGUUGCUCUAGAGGGAAAGCAAAUUCACAGCAAGCUCUGGGACUUGUGGGCGCAGUGUCCAUCUGUUAUAUCUCUGUCCACAGCUGAACUGUCCAUGUCAGUCGCUCCAGAUGUUGCAACGAGACUACAGGAAGUCUCGAGCGUGUAUCUGGCCAGCUUCUGGAUACUAUUUGUCUAUCUCCACCGCGUCUGUUGGUGGCACCUUGAGCAUACUGAAGCGGUGACAGGCGCAUUGGAAAAGACGUGGGAACAUAUGAAGAACUCUUAUGGAGAAGCGGACGAUAAAAGUCAACAAAAGACAGUCCACCCUGCUCUUAUGUGGCCGGUCUUCCUUUUCGGGACAGAAUGCAAAGAUGAUGAGCACCGCAGUUGGGCCAUAGAGCAACUGAAGGCCUUGGGGAGGGCGAGACCGGUGCUGAAGCCUCAGAGUCAGAACCUAGAGACAUUACCAGCAUUUCGUAUCAGUCACGGAGCCACAAGGAAUGCAAAAAGGGCAGCGCUUUUGCUUGAGGCCCUCACUCGAAAACAAGAGGAGACAAAUUGCAGAGUUGAUGAUAGAGACCUGGCCAUGAAUAUGUUUAAUUGCUAUUUCUCAAUAGUAUAAUAAUAAGCAAUAAAAAUUGCGCAGUG